AUGAAACCCCCAUCCCGUUUCUUCCAAUCAGCCAUCCUGGCCUCCAUCUUCCAAGCCUCAGAAGCCCUAGUCGGUCUAUCAUGGAGUAUAUCCAAUACCCCCUCAACAGGUCUCCAAGACAUAACCUUCCCAAUCUCCAUGCCCAACGCACCCCAUGUUUCAGGCUUCUACUUCGCAGAACAAUUCAAUUUCAAAGACCAAUCGGAUGUAGGAUAUACCGGUCUCCAACCUCGCGAGGAUACCGAGUCCUCAUCAGUCAUCCACGCCGUAUUCUCCAGUUUCAUCAACGGAACCACAUCCAGUGAUAGUAACUGCAGUGAUGGAGCAGAUGGUGGUGCUGGGGUUAGUUGUUCUGUUGAUGUCGAUGCAAGCUAUGCACAUGGUUAUCGACUACAAAUUAAGAAUACGGGUGGAACUACUUGGUCUGGAACUUUGAUUGAUGUCGUUACCAAUGAUGAAACGCAUAUUGGGGCUUAUACGCUUCCUGAGGAUUCUGGUGGCAUUUUGGGAAGCCAGGUUGGCUUUGUUGAGUAUUAUCCCUGGAAUUCCCAGGCUGAACAUUCUUGUGCUGCUUUGCCCAUGACUGAGGUUACCUUUGGGAUUCCUACUACUGAGACUGGGGAGCUGGGGAGCUUGGAUAAGCCUUAUGAGUACGGGGAUUGUGUCGGGGAGGCUGGAUUUCAGACUGUGGAGACUGAUGAUGGGUAUACCGUUUUUGUUGGGUUUUGA